AUGGACGAAGGAAUGGAAGUUGAACCAGUAGAACAAGGGGAGGUGAUGGGCGCCAACCUAAGAAAGGGACCAAAGUUUCGGCAUGCAAAUGUUUAUGAUGCUGUUGCAGGGCGCAUCGCAACGGAUAAAUCCCUUAACAAGUCUUCAUCUCUUGCUAACGACUACAGUGGUAUCUCGUCAACACGGAUUUUCCCAGCUGUAGCACCGGAGGAAGUUUUAUUUCGGAAACAAAAUGCCCCCAUAAGGUACAUGGAAAAUGAUAUCUAUUUUGCCAACGAAAACAUCCCCGAUGAUCAGCCUUUGCCAGACUCCGACUUGCUAAAGGCUAUUCAUACGUAUACUUCGGACUUGUAUGCAAACAGAACAGUGGAUUGCGGUCGGUCUGCAUGGCGUAGCAUGGACGAAACUGCUCUGAUCGCUCUGGGGUUUUUGCUCGAAGAGGCAGCCGUCGAAGCUCUUGAGGAAACGGGAGAUAUGGCCCUCGUAGAGGGUGAGGUGGCCAGUGAUUAUGAGUCUGCAGCGGAAGUGUCCUCUGUGAGAUCUCGCCAAACAUCCGUUUCUGCCUUUAGUACGCGGUCUAGGGUCGACGGGUAUAGCAGUGGAGGCUUCGAUGGCGAUACUCCGAAACUGGCGCAUCGACAAAGGAACAGGAAACGACGUCGGCUGAAUAGUUUAUCAGCCACGCAGCCUGGCUCAGAGAGAUCAAUUAGUCAAUCGCCAGCGGCCUCGUAA